AUGAAAUUCUUAUCAAUCCUAACCAUUUUUUUAAUAUUUAUCAUUGCUGCUCAUGCAAUUCCUGUGCAACAUCUCACUAAAAGUAAAUUCGGACCCGAAGUAACAUCCUUGGGGGUGCGCUUUAAGGAUCUCUACCAGACAUUUACCAAUCAAGUGAAAAAGGUCGAUAAGAAAUUUGACUUUGAAAUCGCAAAAUUUAAUAAGGUGAUACCGGAAGCCGCAAAGAAAGAUAAUACCGACAAAAAGAGCGUAGAAUGGCUGUUGACCUGGAAUUCUAAAUAUGAGAGACUU